AUGAACGGCAGUUAUAAAAAGAAGCUGGAAGGUCUCCAAGUGGUAAAAGUUUCGGAAGAGCCAGGACGGCGUUACGAGCUGGACGAGAAGGCGCUAGAGAGCAUCCUGCUGCGGGAUGAUAUACGCAACCUGCCCGUCGUCGUCGUCAGCGUCGCCGGUGCUUUCCGUGGUGGAAAGUCUUUCAUCCUCGACUUUUUUCUUAGAUACUUAAAAGCCCCGCGUUGGAGUCAAUUAUCUAAUGAAUGGGUGGGCAGUGAGGACGAGCACUUGGAGGGAUUCGACUGGCGUGGCGGUGGAGAGAGUAACACUAAAGGCAUCCAUCUGUGGCCAGAACCUAUCGUUGUCACCAUUGACCAAACUGGAGAGAAAAUGGCAGUGCUACUGAUGGACACUCAAGGUACAUUUGACAUGGAGAGUGAUAUGGGCGACAAUUCUACCAUUUUUGCGCUUGCCACACUGCUUUCCUCCGUGCAGAUUUACAACCUUCGAGGAAACAUCGGUGAAGACGAUCUCCAACACUUACAAUUAUUCACGCAGUAUGGUAAAUUGGCGUGCAACGCUGAAGGGAAGGCAUUUCAAACUCUGCUCUUCCUCAUUAGAGAUUGGAGUAGCCCCUACGAGCACCCCUACGGCUACACUGGUGGUGAAGGCCUUAUGAAGAAAAGAUUCGAGCCAAGACUAAAUCAGAGGAAACAGCUACGAGAAGUGCGCGAGCACAUUCAUUCGUGCUUUGAAACUCUUAAAUGUUUUUUAAUGCCGCACCCAGGCCUUAAGGUCACUGACAUACAGUUUAAGGGACGACUUUGUGAUAUUGAUGAGAAGUUCAGAGUAUCACUCUUAGAACUAAUUCCUUCAUUGUUCGACCAUGAACAUUUGACUUCAAAGACCAUUAAUGGAAAUAAAGUAAGCACAAAGGGACUUCUUGAGUUCUUUAAGCAGUACGUCGAUAUUUUCAACAGUGACGAGUUGCCGGAAGCUACCACCAUUUACCAGGCAACAGUGGACGCCUGUAUGAUGACAAUCCUCCGAGAGUCUCGAGAAUACUACGAGAGUAAGAUGGAUUCCAACAUCAUUGAAGAUCAAAGUGUGACAGAAAAUACUAUACAAGAAUGGCAUAACGCUGCUAUUGCAGAGGCCAUUGCUCUCUUUGAGAGGAAAAAGAAGCUUGGUACCCAGGAUGAUAUCGAAGCUCGUCGGUCGGAUCUCCAAAAGGAGUUAGAGGAUCGGCUGAACCCGUAUCUCUGGCAGAAUGAUACCAAACUGAAAGAUGCACUGUCGAAUGCUAAGAAAGCGUUUGAGAACAUAAUAUCUGACGCGUGUAAGGAUCAGGCCCGCCUAUGUCUUCAUGUGAAGGACUUAUACGCCCUUUAUUUCGAAGCGGUGCCGAUUGGACUAGCCCUUUUUGACUGUACCAGGACAGCGGUACCGCAGGAGCUAGAUGAAGAAAGAAAAGAUUUAGUUAAGUAUUUUGAAAAUCUUUACGAAAAAAUGUGCGCUGUGAACGAGCAGAAUAACAGGAGUGCUAUACUAGAAGCUCGUGAAAUAUAUCUGUUGCGUAUGAACAACGGCUUCAUGCAACAAGAAUUUAGCUCCGAUGAACUUCUGCGACAACACGAGGAGGCUUUGAAUCUAGCAACCAAUCAUUUCCAUUCGCUUCGUAAUCGACCCACACAGGAAUCUGAAGACGCUCACUUGGAGCAGCUGUUACAAAGUUCGGCGGAGCAUUAUAAAAACUUGUGCUCUGUGUAUGAGCACAGAAAAGCUGCACUUGAGGAUCAAGAGCUACUGAAACAAGCUGCACGUGAAGCUCAUGAGCUGCACAUGUCACAGCUGAGGGAAAUCACCGACAGAAUGAGUAGGAUUGAGGCCGAAUCUCGCCGCCACCGCAAUGAUUGUGCAAUACUCUAG